CACUUUGGUUCUAUAAAAAGAACCUCAAACACGAUUCAUCUCAAGCUUCAAUCAUAUAAGCAAACUAACACUUCUUAUCCAAGUCUCAUUUGAUUGAUAUAUGGCUGACGGUGACCAACACCAUCAAAACCAAUCCCAAGUGGUAGUGGUCAUGGUGCCCUUGCCAGCCCAAGGCCACCUCAACCAACUCCUACACCUCUCUCGCCUCAUCUCCGCCUACAAUAUCCCCGUCCACUACGUUGGCGCCGCCACUCACAACCGCCAAGUCAAGCUCCGAGCCCACUGUUGGGAUCAAGCCAAGCUCCAAUUUCAUGACUUUCCAACCCCACCUUUCCUCUCCCCUCCUCCUAACCCCAAAGCCACAAACAAGUUCCCCUCUCAUCUCCAACCCUCCUUUAAAGCCACCGCCCACCUCCGCCAGCCAGUGGCGAAGCUCUUACGUGAGUUGUCACCCAAAGCAAGAAGAGUCAUCGUCAUCCACGACUCCAUGAUGGCUUCAGUCAUUCAAGAUGUUGCUUCUAUACCAAAUGGAGAGUCCUACACUUUUCACUCCGUCUCUGCCUUUACCAUUUUUUUGUACCUGUGGGAAGUAAUCGGAAUGCCGAAAAAGCUCGAGAAGCUCGAUGUCAAGCUCCCAGACGGCAUCCCGUCUCUUGAAGGUUGUUUCACUAUUGAGUUCAUGAAUUUCCUUGGUGAACAACAUGAACACCAAAAGUUGAUGAACGCAGGGAACCUUCACAACACCAGUAGAACCAUUGAAGGACCAUACAUAGAUUUACUAAACAGGAUUGGUCAGCAGAAGCAUUGGGCCAUAGGGCCAUUCAACCCUACUACGGUUGCAAACCCUAAUAAUAAUUCAAAUGGUAGUAGGCACAAGUGUUUGGAAUGGUUGGACAAACAAGAACAAAGUUCAGUGAUGUAUGUGUCUUUUGGGACAACCACAGCCAUGAAAGAUGAGCAAAUUCAAGAGCUGGCAAUUGGGUUGGAGGAAAGCAAGCAAAAGUUCAUUUGGGUUUUGAGGGAUGCUGAUAAAGGUGACCUUUUCAGUGAUGGGGAGGUGAGAAGGGCUGAGCUGCCACGAGGGUAUGAAGAGAAAGUGAAAGGUAGGGGAUUAGUGGUUCGAGACUGGGCCCCACAGCUGGAUAUCCUAUCCCACAAAUCAACAGGAGGGUUUCUGAGUCACUGUGGGUGGAACUCAUGCAUAGAGAGCAUCACCAUGGGGGUCCCUAUAGCAGCUUGGCCAAUGCACUCUGACCAACCAAGGAAUACUGUUUUGAUCACAAAGUUGCUUGGAGUUGGUUUUGUUAUGAGGCAUUGGGAUAAGAGGGAUGAGCUUGUCACGUCACAGAGCAUUAAAAAUGGUGUGCAGAAAUUUAUGUGGUCGGAAGAAGGGGAUGAGAUAAGGAAGAGGGCGGCGGAGUUGGGGGCUGACGUCCGCCAGUCGAGGGUUGAAGGUGGAGCUUCUCACAUGGAGUUUUCUUCUUUUAUUGCUCAUAUCACUAGAUAAUAGUAUUUGUGCAUUAAUUCAUCGUUUCAUAGCUCGAGCAAAAUUUAAGAAUCUCAACCUCCUCCUUUCGACUUUUUAAGUGUUUCCCUUACCAGAAGAAGAAGAACCCUAUCUCGAGAGAAGAAGAAGAACCAUAUGCGUUGGCAGGCACUACCUCUAUUAGAAAAAUGGUAUAAAUGAUAGUACAAAUAGAUGGUAAGUGUGAUAUUACUUUUUUCAAUAAUAAAAAAUAAACAAGUAACGAUUUUAUUUUA